AUGGAAAAAGACAAAUUUUGGAAAAAGCGCGAAAAUCGGAGCGUUUUGAGAGCGAAAACGCGCUCCGGUGUGUUGACAGGACGGGACAAGAGCAGUGAAGAUGCGAAAAAAAAGAAAAAAGACAAAUCGAAGGAGACCAAACCAAAGGAUGAAACGAAGACCAAAGGACCUGAUAUAAAUAAGAAGGAAAGUAAGAAAGACAAAAUCAAGGCAGAAAAAGAACCAGCAAAGAAAGGCGGAGGUGAUGGAGACAUUGAUACUGAAGCGAAAGAGACACCAGCAAACGCCACUGUCACCCCAUCCGCGGCACUGGGCAAAAGUGGAACGAUAAAAACAUUAAAAACGGAGAAAGAAUCGUCCAAAAAGUCGGACAAUGUCAAGAAGGAUCAAAAAUCGAAAACCGCCAACGUUCGAGAUGAGGAUGAAAAACGUGGGAAACGAGUAAAAACGUUUCCCGAUGAAUCUGCUCCGUCCAAGUCGGGCAAGGGAAAAAAAGACAAAACAUCAAAAUCGGUAUCUCAAGGAAGGCAAGAAAAACCAUCCUCGGAAACAACUGAAGUUUCCGAUCUUCCGUCUGAUUUGGAUGGUCAAAACACUUUUCGUACCGAGACCGAUUUGGUCACUGAAGAUGUAGUAAGCGAUUUGGAAGAAGAGGAACAAUCCUUUGUUGCCGAUCAUCACGUGAAUGUGCAAGCUGAACUAGUCAGAGCACAGGAGAAACCGGGACCGGGUAUUUUAAAGAAAACAACACCAUCGAAUGAGCCGGACAGGAAAAAGUCGGACAUGGAGGAAUCGAAACCAACUGUAACUGAAAGCAAACCAAGAGAACUGUUUGUAUCAAUUCGAGGUUGGGCUGGAGAAGAAGCGGACGACUUAUCGUUUCCGCCCGGCUGUGUAUUGACAGUGUUGCAGAGGAAGUAUAUUCAAUUCCCCCCUUUGAAAGUAGAUCGGCGUAACAAAGUACAAAAAGCGUUUGCGGAUUAUUUCCAAAUGGAAGACGAGGAGGAAUCCAAAGAACGCUUGGAUGACAAAAAAGCUACCGAUGAUAAUAGACAGAAAGUAAACACUGAAGAUGAGGCUAAAAAGACUACUGACCGAAAAGAACGUGAACGCAUCACUCGGGAAGCAUUUACCGAGGUAUUUCAGCUCGAAGAUGCUGAACCGGAGAUUUCAUUCAAGCAACCGCUUCCAGCAAAAACUGUAGCCAAAGCUCCCACUCGAAAGCCGGAGGAUUCGGAUACCACCGAUAUGGUUGGUUCUAUGUACGAUGAGGACACGUUCACAUUGGAUGACUUGGUCGAGGAUAACCUGACAGAGACAAAGGGGAUCAAACAGAACGCAGCACCAAGACAACCUGCAGAGGAGAAGAAUGAGGGCGUGAUCGAAGCGGGCCGAGCAGUUUCGGUCAAGGAGAGAGUCAGUCAGUGGGAAAAAAUUACCACGGGGAAACCGGAGAAGCGCGCGUCACAGAAAGCUCAGAAUUCAGUUAAAUUUAAGCCUCAAGGAGGUGUCAGUAAUGAACCGUCGAAGGGGGACGAUGAAGAGCAGGAAGAGGAUGACAACGAUAAAGUAGAUGAUGACGAUGAUGAUGACAUGUUAGGUAACGAAGAAGAACUUAUGAAAGCACAUCCUGAAGAUGAAUUGACCAAUAGAAAAGCACAUGCAAUGGAAAAAGAUGAGGAGACAGAUGAUGAGGAGACAGAUGAUGAGGAAAUUUCGGAGCUUUCUGAAGAAGAGCUGGAAAAUAUGGACGACUUCAAAGACCAACCUGUGCACUCUGUUCCACCGAAAAAAAAUGAACUGCUGAAUAGCGCGGCCAAAUGGCUGUACCAGAGCAAUGCGAAGCUUUUAAAAUCGUUGGAGCCAUUGCCGCAAGGUGCUCGAAUCAGUACGUUGGCUUCCUUGGAUUGGACAAAGUACAGUUAUCAGACUUUUCUUGUGCCACGUCUGGGUAGUUCUCAUCUCAUGCUGGUCGAUCUGGUCUAUGAUGCGGGUGAACGAAAGGUGAAAACCUAG